GACCCAGGCGCCUGCGCAGGCUCCUUGUUCCCAGGACGCCCUCCGCAACUGGGACCCCUGGGCCCCCGACCGCGCGAGCCCACGGCCGUUGGGCCACCCCGCGACCGUCGGCUCCCAAGGGCGGCGCCAUGCGGGCUGGGCCAGCGGUCCUCCUCCUCAGCCUGGGCCUGGGCCUGGGCCUGGGCGGCCUGCCACCGGCUCCAGCUCCGGCUCCGCGCCAGUCCAGCACCGCCGGCCCCGGGUGGCCGGCCCCGCCAUGCGGCCACUUCCACGGAGGCGCCCUCCGCGGACGCCACGCCCGCCUCAGCCUGCCACGCCUCCCGGCCCCGGGGGGCGGCGCCCUCCUGAGCCGCAGCCGCGGCCUCUGCUUCUCCGGUGCCCCGCGGCGCGCGGCCGCGCCUGGCUGGUACCGCCUCAGCGUGCGGGUCCGGCGCCGCACCCGUCGCUGCCUGCCGGGACUCGCGGCGCCGCCGCCCGUCGCCCUGCACCUGGCAGCACCCGGGGGCCGCCUGGCCCUGGCCUGGUUCCUGCUGCUGCCGCUGCCCCUGAGGCGCCCGCUGGGGCCCCUGGCCUGGACCUUCCAGCUGGGGCUGCUGGGGCCUGGGGACGCCCGCCCGGCCCGCCACGCCGCCCGGGCCCAGCGCUUAAAGCCUCGCUCGGUCCUGCCUGCGCUCCCGCGCGCCCACACCGGCUUUGUGGCGCAAACGCGGUAUCCCACAGAUGGGCCGGUGCCUGUUGUCUUGCAAGCCGUGAAUUCGUCCAGCCAAGUCAUAGUGCAGUCUUCCUGUCAGAUGGAAUUUUGCGUAAUCUAUCAGGUGAGGAUCAACAGGGACGCAGGCGUUACUGCUGUGCGCUUGACCAGGAAUGAAGGGGACACCCUCAAUGCCACCAUCAACAUGCACUGUCCAGUCUUCCAAAUCUUCACCCAAAGAUGGCUGGUGUUCUCGGUGCCCGCGGUGGGCGAUGUGCCCGACUGGAAUCAGCCUUUGGAUGUGCGUCAUUUCCCGAAAGCAAACAUCCCCACCAUCAUCCACAUCACCCCUGCGUCCCUAUCUUGGGGGGUGUACUUGUUUAAUUUCUCAGUGACCAUCCUAACACGGGAUCCCACAGUUCCUCGGCUCUACGACUCGGACUCCAUCUAUGUCUGGAUAGUGCGAAGCCCCCUGGUCGCAGUUAUUGGUGGAGACGCCAACAUCAAAGCUAAUUAUACAGAUGAGGUGGUUCUGGAUGGAAGCAUGUCCUCUGACCCGGAAGAAAGCAACAAAUUGCAGGGGCUCCGUUUUACCUGGUACUGUACCACAAAUAAAAAGAACUACGAUGGAGAUCAGAUACAAGUGGCAAGCAAGGACGUGUGUCACCCAGACCAGGCUGAUCUGAGGUGGCCACAAGCUUCUAACCCUGUGCUAACACUUUCCCCAGGAACGCUUCAAGGGGGCCGUGAAUAUUUCUUCAGAAUGGUGAUACAGAAGGGUGGCCGAAGAGCAUUUUCUGAUAAAACGGUAAAUGUGCUCCAAGGACCAUCUCCUUUGGCACACAUUUCAUGUAUUGAGAAUUGUGGCAGCAAUUUAAUUGUAUCAGAUCGGUUUUCUUUGUACCUAAAUUGCACGGACUGUGUAAGCAGUGACUUCUAUAACUGGUCAAUUGUGUCUGAGUCAGGAGCUGAGAUGCCACUUGAUUGGAUGGGGCAAACUGUAACAGGGAGAAAUGGUGCUUAUUUGUCUGCAAAAGCUUUUGCCUUCAGUCAUUGUUUGGAAGCAAAUUACUGGGUUUCUGUGCAAGUAACCAGUUGGGGUGGGAAGACCCUGGAAUUCAAGCAUCCCAUUAUUCUUAACCAUGGUCCUCAAACAGGAGAAUGCACAGUGAAACCAGCUAAAGGAAUUGCAUUUGUUACUAAAUUUGUUGUCCGGUGUAGCAAUUUCACAGAUAAGCACACCCCCCUUACAUAUAAAAUGAUAGUUUCUGAUUUGGAAGGCAUUGCAGAAAUCAGUUCAGUAAAAGAGAACACCUUGGGGCCCAUCUUGCACUUUGGGAGAGACUUUACCACACCCCCUUCCUUUCUCCCUGUUGGUGUGUCAGCUGAUGGUUACAAACUGAGGAUAUUUGUUCAGGUUUAUGACUCUCUAGGAGCUUUUUCUCAGGUGACUUUGGGCGCCACUGUAGAGCCUCCCACUAGUAAAAACUCAUCCAAGAUGGUGUUGGAUCAGUUACUCAAUUCUACCAUGGGACCAAAUUCAUCGCUAUCUGUUCUGCUUCGAGACCAGAAAUUUUUAUCCUCAGGUUACUUAAUGCAUGUAAUGGGUUCUGUUUUGAAUAGCAUGAAAACUGAAUCAACUCUCCAUGGUGACAAAGUCGGGCUCAGAGAUCACCUUUUCAAUCAGUCUUCUGUUCUUCCGGUGAGCACUUUGGAGGAAAUCAACCAGGUAGUCGUGACUGUUACCAAAUUAACCCAGAAAGCCUCUGAAUUCACUCGAACUGCCCAGAAAAGUGCCACAGUGAGGAUGUGGCAAGCAAAUCAAGGCCUACAAGAGUAUCGACGGAAAGAUAAACACUUUCGCUGUGAACAAAUAGAAAUCAUAGGCACUGGAAUAUUAACAAGUUUGUCUAAUAUCCUGAAACAGAUUGCUCCUCACGAAGUGGUGGAAGAUCCUUUCCACCUAGCAGAAUCACUGGCAGACACCAUACUGGCUUGUAUGUUGCCAGGGAAUAAAACAGCAAUGAAGAGUGCCAGCAUUAACAUGUUUUUGGAGAAAGCUGAGAAGCAGAAUGUGACCCAGGUCUUCAGAAACAAGAAAGACUGCCCAAACUGUUUUCAGGCAACACUCAAUGGGAGCACAGUUCCUGGUCUGCCCGCAAAGGCUGUAGUUUCUACAAUGUUUUGUGAGUUUGCAGACGACCCCUUUCCUUGGUUACAUCAUCCAGAAAAAAUUUCAACCCAGGUGGUUGGUUUCAGAAUGUAUGGAGCUGCUGAAAAUGGGGAUGCGAUAGAGAUCACGCCCAGUGUGGUGGACGUGUACCUCAACAGGAAAAACUUGACUUUUGCAGCUUUUAAUCUCACAGUGGGACCCGAGGAGGUCAGCGAGUCCUCGAAGAAGACAACAGGGGGGUUUAGCUUUGAAGUGGACCACAGAGAAGUUACGGAGGUGCUGGUCCACAUUGUGACAGAAGUGACUGUGUUGUUCAAGGUGCUGGUGUACGCAGGCAGUCGGGUCACCCCCACUGGUCUGGUCACAACCUUCCUCGUGCCUUAUGACAUCCCUCCAAUUGCCAACCAGAGUGACCAGUUUGACCCUGACUGUGCAGUUAAGGAGGCCCGUGUGAUCUGCCUCCCAGCGUCCCUGCUGCAAGUCAUAGCUCAGCAUAGCCAGUCGCCCACAUGUGCCAUAAUCAUGAUGCUGGAGGCACCUCGUUUCGUCCAGAAGCCCAAUAACAAGCUUGUGAAAAUUUUUCUUUUCAGUGCCCACUGCCUGGGUAUGUACCAGAUCCAGAGUGACUGGAGAGAAGAUUACUGUAGCCUCGGUGAGGGGACCACCUGGCAGAGAGUGCACUGUGUCUGCAAGAAAAUGGGGAGGACCAAGCGGCACCUGAGGAUAAAUGAGCUAGCCAAGACUGACUUGCAUACCCACUACUUGACGUCCAAUGUCACUGUGUUCCCUAAUCCUGUGGAUCUGUGGUUAAAGAACCUUAGCCUUAAUUUUAUUACUCUCAUCACUGUGCUUUUCAUUUUGCUCAUAUACAUCAUCCUAGCUUUCUGGGCCCUGCACAGGGAUGAAAUGGAUGAAUAUCUUCGAGAGUAUAUAAUAAUUCUACCUGAUAAUGAUCCUUAUGACAAAAUAUGCUACCUGGUCACUGUUUUCACAGGAAGUCGAUGGGGAUCUGGGACCAGGUCCAAUGUCUUUAUUCAGCUUAUUGGAACAGAGGGUGCCAGUAGUACACAUUGUUUAAGCCACCCUAGUUUUACCACUCUGUACCGGGGAAGCAUCAACACUUUCCUCCUAACAACUAAAAGUGACCUGGGGGACAUCCAUUCCAUUCGUGUCUGGCACAACAAUGAAGGCACAUCGCCUAGCUGGUAUUUAAGUCGAAUCAAGGUGGAAAAUCUAUUCAGCAGACACAUCUGGCUUUUCAUGUGCAGGAUCUGGCUUUCUGUUGACACCACUACGGACAGGACGUUUCAGGUUACCCCACCAGACCAGCCUCUGAGAAAAAGGGACUUCUUUCUGAUAGAUGUUUCUUAUAGGCUAGGGAGAAACCACUUGUGGUUCUCUAUUUUUGCUAGUGUUGUUUCUAAAUCAUUCAACAGGCUCCAAAGAUUGUCCUGUUGUUUAGCAUUGCUGCUAAGUGCUCUCUUCUGCAAUAUUAUGUUCUUUAAUCUAACAAAAGAGGAAGAAACAGUGUCAAAUGAGUUGCGUUACUUCAGAUCAAUGUCCAUAGGGAUUAUAAGUACCCUAAUUACAGUCCCUUUGGUAUUAUUAAUAACAAUUCUGUUCAUCAAUUCUCAGAGGAAACAUCAGGUGGAUCUAGAUAAGGUAGCUCCUCGCAUGCAUCCUGUUAUGUCAGAAGAGAGUGCUUACUGGGAUGAUCGUUUGAACAAGUGGCAUGCUCAUGAGACUGCUGAGGAAGGCUCCAAGAAGCCUGUCAAGCUUGCAUCCCACAAGAAGACCAAAACCCAGGCAGAGCCCACAUCCAAGAGGAAGCCUGCACGGCCCAAGGCUUCUGCAAAGAAAACCUUGAAAUCUGUAUCCAGGCAUGUGACAGAAGAAACCAAGGACACUAAGGUCCAUCCAGCCAAUAAAAACUUCAGUAACAAAAAUGUAGCAGAAAAUGAAGAUGUUUAUACCGGAGCAACUUCUUCCGAAGAAGAAGAACAACUUGAAAAAAAGCCGCAGAUCGUACUGCCUCCGUGGUGCCUGUACAUAGCAUGGUUCUUGGUGUUUGCCACUUCCAGCAUAUCUGCCUUCUUUAUCAUCUUUUACGGACUGAAUUAUAGCUACAACAAGUCGAUAGAAUGGCUCUUUGCCUCUUUUUGUUCAUUCCUUAUGUCAGUUUUUGUGGAACAGCCAUGUAAAAUUAUACUGGUGUCAGGCCUCCGAACAAUGUGGCCGAAGUAUUGUAAAAACAUCCCGUGGUCCACCAAGUAUCGUUACAUUCAGUUGCUGCUCCCCAGCACAAGAAUGAAUCCAGAUGAGAGGAAGAAGCUGCACGAGCACAUCGUUAAAAUCCAAGGGUCCAGGAUGUACCAACCCCUGACAGAAGAUGAAAUCAGAAUAUUCCAAAGGAAGAAGAGGAUCAAGAGGAGGGCCUUCCUGUUUCUGAGUUACAUCCUCAUCCACUUUAUCUUCCUAGUCCUUCUGUUGCUGCUCAUUGUCCUGCUGCGUCACACCGACAGCUUCUACUACAACCAGUUUAUUCGUGAUCGCUUCUCUGUGGACCUGGCUUCUGUGACGAAGCUGGAGGACAUCUACAGGUGGCUCGAGAGCGUGCUGGUGCCUUUGUUCCACAAUGACCAGAAUCCAACAUUUCUCCUUGACAGCUCAUCCAAAAUCCUAGGCCUUCCACUCAUGAGGCAAGUGAGAGCAAAAUCCGGUGAGAAGAUGUGCCUGCCUACCGCAAACUUCGUGCAGAACAGCAACAUAAAAGAAAUCCGUUGUCGUCCCCAAUAUGGCGUUGACCCAGAAGACACAAAAAACUAUUCUAGCUUUUGGAAUGAAGUGACCAAGCGGCAGACAGGCAAGAACACCACCGGGUUUACUUACAAGCCGCAGGGAAAGCGAUGGGUGUACUAUUCCUAUGGGCUGUUACAUACCUAUGGAGGAGGGGGCUAUGUGUUCUAUUUUUUUCCAUCAGAGCAGCUGUUUAAUUCCACAGUGAGGCUCAGAGAACUCCAAGGAAGCAGUUGGCUUGAUGAGAAGACAUGGGCUGUGGUUUUGGAACUAACGACUUUUAAUCCCGACGUGAACCUGUUCUGUAGCAUUUCUGUCCUGUUUGAGGUCUCUCAGUUAGGAGUCGUCAACACGAGCAUAUCUAUGCACUCGUUCUCACUUGCUGAUUUUGACCGGAAAACUUCAACAGAAAUUUACUUGUAUGUGGCCAUUCUCAUUUUUUUCAUAGCCUACAUUAUUGGCGAAUUCUACGUCAUUAUACAAGAAAGAGCCUCCUACGUGCAAAGUGUGUACAAUCUACUCAACUUGGCUUUAAAAUGCAUAUUUACUGUGUUGAUUGUGCUGUUUCUCAGGAAGCAUUUCUUGGCCACAGCUGUGACUCAGUUCUACUUGUCAAACCCCAAAGACUUCAUUCCCUUUCAUGCGGUUUCUCAAGUAGAUCACACUAUGAGGAUAACUUUGGCUUUCCUGUUAUUUCUGACAAUUUUGAAGACCCUCAGAUAUUCCAGAGCCUUCUAUGAUGUACGCCUGGCUCAGAAGGCCAUCCAGAUCGCACUUCCCGGCAUCUGCCUUGUAGCACUUUUGGUGUCCAUUUAUUUCUUUGUAUACAUGGUUCUUGGUUACCUCGUAUUUGGUCAGCACGAAUGGAAUUACAGCCACUUGAUUCACGCCACUCAGACGAUAUUCUCCUACUGCAUCUCAGCUUUUCAAAACACUGAGUUUUCCCAUAACAGGGUUCUUGGGGUCCUGUUCCUCUCAUCUUUCAUGCUGGUGAUCAUCUGCAUCUUGAUCAAGUUAUUCCAGGCAGUGAUCCUGUCUGCUUAUGAGGAAAUGAAGCAGCCAGUAUAUGAGGAACCAUCAGACGAAGUGGAAGCUAUGACCUACCUGUGUCACAGGCUGAGGACUAUGUGUGGCUUAAUGACCCCCAAAUCAACGGCCAAAGAUGAGCCUGAGUUCUUCACUGACAUGCUAUAUGGACAGCCUGAGAAGAAGAGCCGGCAGUACCUGGGGCUGAAGACCAGAAACAUCAAUGGGAAGAAGAGGGUAUAUCUCGUGGUUUGAAUGAUGGAAGUUGCAAGAGGCACCAACAAAGACUUUCUCUCCAAAUCCUGAGCUUGUUCGUUCCAGUAGUUUAAGGAAUAUUUAUUUGCCUGCUCAUGCUCUUGACCUACCUCCUUAAAUCUGCAUCCCUCGUAUAACUAGAGGAAUCCCCACACCUGGCCUUUGCUUAAUGGAACAUGAAGCAGGAUGUGGUUAACAUCAGGGGAGAGAGGAAGAACACUCAUGGGAGAGUGUUCUAGGCUACUGCAAGUUAAAGUAAACCCAGAGCUAUGGUUCUUGUUAAACAAAAAUUUUUAUGGGUUCAUAUUGAGAUGUACUAAAUGUUGUAUAUAUAGUGGGUUUUGUGCAUUAGGUUGUUUGGAAAAUGUGGUUGAUCAUUUAAGAGAUAAAAGGGUUAGCUGCUGUUUUAUUUUCACUCAGAUGCAUGUUCCUUUAUGUUGAUGUUAUUUCAAAGUUUAUUGGAAUUAAAGAUGAGAUUUCUU